AAAAUGUCGGCCACCCAGCUUCGUUUAGCUUCGUGGAUUUUAAAAGAUCACUACGGUGAAAUUGUAGCGAAUGUGUGUUUGCAAAUUUUGCGUAGCGGAUGGGCAACCCUUGCAAGUAUCAUAAAGGAGACUGCUUUACCCAUGUCAAAGAUUAAGAGAGCGGUUUGUGUGUUGAUUCAGCACAACAUGGUGAAGUUCCAGAAGGGUGCAAGAGGCCAGAUUAUGUACAGUGCUCAAAUUUCAAACAUACUAGCAAUUGUCCACUUCCCUAAGCUUGUUUACUGUGCAAAAACCGCAUUUGGUAAUGCUGCUGAACUUAUCAUCAAAGAACUGUUGUUGCAUGGGAAGAUGACCAUGUCGUCGGUCGUCACAAAUGUUACAAAUCAAUUGCUCGAUCCAGCUUUGAACCAAGCAGAGGAAAUAGAUCAACAUAAUGUGGCUGAUCAGUUUGUCAAACUCGUUGAGGAGCAUUUGAUAAAACGACACCUUGGUGAUGAUAAAGGCACAAUAGAUUCAAAAGAAGAACAAGAUGCAAAUCUUGGUAUCAAUAAACCAGAGAAUGUGCAAUAUGAUCUACCAGUAGGAUAUUUCAAAUCAGGCUCGGGUAAAAGGAAAGCUGGGCCAUCUGAUGGUGGACCCGCACCCAAAAAGCGAAAAAACUCAAGUGAACAAGUUUCAGUAAACUUUGAGGAUUCUGGGAUGCUUUGGCAAGUGAACAUUAUUCAAUUCUAUCAUUGUUUUGUUAAUGAGAUGGUUGAAAAUGCUGUAAAGAACAGGUUGGAUGAGUCAGCUGCAGAAAUUGUGAAAGUCAUGUUAAAUUUAACAAUAUUAUCAAGAGAUUACUUCUCUCCAGAGACAAAACCUGUUUCAGUUAAUGAUAUUGACCAGAGAUUGAAUGGGAGUUUGAAUUUGGGUCGAAGUAAGAUAACACAAUAUCUCAAUUUGCUUCAGGAUGAUGAGGUUGGUUUUGUUUCGAAAGUUGGUGAGAAUGCUGGAGGAGUUUAUGUUGUCAAUAUCAAAAAAUCCGUGGAAGCUGUUUGUUUACAAAGUAUUGAAUCAGUUAUUCGCGAAAGAUGCGGUUCAAAGUCUUUACGAAUUUUCAACCUGUUAAGAAUUAAACGCCACUUGGAGCAAAAACAGGUGGAAGAUCUCAUAAUGGUGCCCUCUAAGGAAGCCAAGGAACGUUUAUACAACUUGUUGUCCGAAAAGUUCAUAAAUUUGCAGGAAGUUCCACGCGCGACUGAUUACGCCCCCUCGAGGACAUUCUAUUUAUUUUCUGUGAACGUAUCUCAAGUGUGUCGCAUGCUUCUUGAUAGAAGUUAUAAGACCGUGGGUAAUCUGAUGUGUCGUCGCAAUCACGAGACAGAAGAACAAAAGCGUCUGGUAGAAAAGUCUGAGAAAAUCAAUUCAACAAUCUUGGCGCUGAAAACGCAAGGCAUGGAUGAUGAUUCACCAGCAGUUCAGGAGGUGAAAGAGAUGAUGACAAAUCAAGAAACACAACAGCUUGCCAAGCUUCAAACUGUUGUAUCCAAAUUGGAACAAGGUGAACUCCAAGUUGCUGAUACAAUAUUGACAUUCACACAAUUCUUGGCACUAAGCAGCUAAGUAAUAAUUGUGGAAGGAACAAAUUCUAUUUUCUUAAAAAUUGUAAAUAAUAUUUAUUCAUGCAGAUUAAUGGCAAUCAGCAUUCU